AGAAUGUCAUAGACUCUCAGCCUGUUCUGCUGUGGAACGUCGACGUUCUCUAGCUACUUCUUAUACUAGUCUGCCUAGACAACCACUGCUCUUGACGUUCUAGAUACUCUCGGUCGACAUCAAGUAUGGCCAGCAACCUUUACGAAACACUUGGCUUGAGCAGAGAUGCUACUCCAGACCAGAUUCGCAAGGCUUAUAGGAGGAAAGCCUUAGAAACUCAUCCCGACCGCUUGCCUCAAGGCGCUUCUCCAGCGCAGAAAUCGGCAUCAGAGGAGAUGUUCCGUAAGGUCAAUAACGCUUACGAAGUCCUCAGCGACCCAGAAAACCGCAAGGCCUAUGACCAGCACGGAGUAUGGCCUCCCCCAACUACCCAGGAGAGUUACACGCAAGGCAACUGGCAAGGUCCUACUAGAGAGCCCUUCCAAGAUCCAUUUUUUCAAAACUCCUUUUCCCGACAUCCAUUUUUCGGUCCCACUCAUCAAGCAGACCCAUUCUUCCCUUCACGUCAACAGCACUUCCAUGACUUCACAGACCCCUUUAUACUCUUCAAUCGGAUUUUUGGAGAUUUCCACCAAGCCUUUUCGAGAGAUCCUUUCGGUGAUCCAUUCGGCCAUCGGGAUGAUGGCUUUUUUGGCCGAGGGUUCAUGUCUCCAAUGUCCAUGCCUCACAUGACGAGUUCGCCGUUUGGAUUCCUCACCGGCGGAAACGUAAAUGCAUACAGCUCUUCUUCCAGUGGGGGAUUCGCUGGUGGCCCGAAUGGCUCUAGAUGGGUUUCUGAGAGCCACACAACUUCUACUGUGAACGGCGUUACCCACAGCAAAGCUGUUCGUAGAGAUUCACAAGGAAACGAGCACGUCACCUACUCAUUCCCAGAUGGUACCGAGCGCCGCCUGAUCAAUGGGGUCGAGCAAUCCUCAAACUCUAACCUUCCCCCAUCUCAUCAUAACCGUGCCAUCGCUGCACCGCCGCCAAGUCAAGACCCUUCGCCAUAUGAUACUGUUAUCCCUCCGCCAGCUCCAAGAUCCACGCGCUCAUCACGGUCCAUUCAUUCCAGGAUCCCGGGACUACGCAAGGCAACCCUCAUGAUCCUAACCCUACAUACUCGAUGCAGCCACAGGCGCCUUACCCCCUCUCAAUAUGCGGAUCCAAAUUCGUCUGGACAUCAGAAGAACAGGAGCCAUGGUAGCGUAGACGGGGCGCAGGGUGGGUCUGCGUGGAACUUUUGGAAGUGAAUGAAGCUGUGAUCAAGAUGAUGAAGUUAUUGUCUCCAUACCUUGGCCGUUCACUCUGAUUGCUGAUGAUUCUGCGAUGUAUUUUUUAGUUAGUUUGUUUUCAUUCUGCCAGUGUUGUACUCUCGUCCACUGUAUGCUGUGUUCCACUUUGUUACCUCCCUAUGGGCUCCGGACUCGGUCAUUUCUUACUGAUAUAGUAAGGCUACUGACAAUGGAAGAAUUAAUUUUGCUCAUACACAU